UGGACCUCCUCACAUUUGAAUUAUCUCUGCCAUGGCCACGCAAGCCAAAGCUAUCGCGAUCAAGUCGGUGCGCAACUUGCCGAUUGACAGUGAAUCGCUGCCGUUGAAGGGCGGAGAGGGCGCUGCCCACCACCAACCCAACGACCUUCGCGCGUUCUGGGACCUUGUCGCCGGGUCACCUGUGAGCUGGUUGUUGCUCGUGACCCCGUUCGCGAUCUGGUCGUACCUGGCGCAAUGGGGCGCCGUGUGGGUGUUCACGCUGAACUUCUUGGCGAUGAUGCCGCUGGCCAACAUCCUCGGUGAAGCGACGGAGAACUUGGCCGAACACACCGGCGACACGAUCGGCGGCCUCGUGAACGCGUCGUUCGGGAACGCCGUGGAAAUCAUCAUCGCUAUCUUCGCGUUGAAGGCCGGCGAAAUCGAACUGGUGCAGUCGUCGUUGAUCGGGUCCAUGUUGUCCAACUUGCUCCUCGUGCUCGGCAUGUGCUUCAUCUCGGGCCACCUCGGCGGUGCCAAGGAAUCGACCUUCUCCGGCGUCGGCGCGUCCAUCAACAUGUCGUUGUUGUUCGUCGCAUCGUUUGCCAUGUUGGUCCCUUCGUACUACGCGCAAUCCGUGUCGCAUGCCGACGAAGGCGACCACAGUAUUGCCGUCUUGGGCCUCUCUCGCAUGUCUGCUAUCUUCCUCGUGUUGAUGUACGUGCAGUUGAUGUUCUUCCAGUUGGUGACCCACAAGCCGGCCGACAUCGCGAACGACGGCCACGGCCCUGCAUUGUCGUUGGUCGGCGCCACCGUGGUCCUGCUCCUGUCUACCGUGUCUGUCGCGUUCUUGUCCGAGUUCUUGGUGAGCUCGGUCGACGAAUUGACGGAAACCUCCGGCAUCCCCAAGGCGUUCAUCGGUAUCAUCGUGCUCCCGAUCGUCGGUAACGCCGUCGAGCACAUCACUGCCCUCAAGGUCGCGUACAAGGACAACAUGGAGCUCGCCAUGGGUGUGGCCGUCGGCUCUGCGACUCAAAUCUCGCUGUUCGUCGUGCCCGUGUGUGUGAUCGCCGGCUGGAUCAUGGGCCAGCCCAUGACGCUGGCGUUCAACACGUUCGAAGCGCUCACGUAUGUGUUUACGACGUUGAUCGUGUACGUGAUCGUCGCGGACGGCAAGUCCAACUGGCUCGAAGGCUCCAUGCUCCUCACGCUGUACAUCCUCGUGGGGCUGUCGUUGCUGGAAAUCACCAUUUAAAAGUCCUACUACUCGUGUCUGUUCGAUUUUUUGACGUUGGAGAGAAUAGUACUUUUGGCCAAUGAAACGUGUCCAUUUUCAUAUUGGCCAAUCAUCGUGUCGCUCGACAGAUUGGAGCGAUCGCAUUGGUCGACCUCUCUUGCCAGGAAGUGUUGCCACGUCAUACGAUCGGUACAUGAAGCGAGGCUUCGAUGAAGAUGACCUACGACGAGGGUUGAUGUGGAAACGUAUAUAUCUAUCUAUCUACAGUAUACGUAUGUAUGUUAUGUGUGUAUGUGUAUGUACAUUGACUGUGAUGUCAACCAAGGCGUAACUUUAGC